UUUUUCUUUUUCCUUUUUUUCUUUCCAAAACAAUAAAUCCAAGAUAUCAACUACUAUAAAACAACUCAACCGUAUAUUAAUUACUCCGCACUUCUCCAUCCCGGGACGUCCCGGCUCCCCCUCAUCCCGGAAUAAAUAAUAAUGGGCUCCUCCUCCUCAUCUCUCCCCACGGCCACCAAGCCGCAGCCGUUCAACGUAAAGAAGAUCGCCAUCAUCGGCGCCGGCCCAAGCGGCCUCGCCGUAGCGAAAUACCUGCUGGCGCAGGACGGCGCAUUCCCGCGCGUCGACAUCUUCGAGCAGCAGGCCGAGGUCGGCGGCGUGUGGAACUACAGCCCCGUGCCCAGGCCGCCCGAGUCGGUGCCCGUGCCGCAGACGGACGCGCAUCCGGAGAGGAUGGAUCCGCCGGUUUUCGAGGAGGGAAAGGGAGAGGGCAAUGAAAAGGAAAGGGUGCCGUUGUUCCCCUCCCCCAUGUACGACGACCUGCACACGAAUAUCCCCCACACCCUCAUGCAUUACGCGGAUCUCGACUUCCCAGACGGCUGCGCGAUAUUCCCCUCCCGCGCCGACGUCCAGGCCUACCUUGUCGAGUACGCGCGCGACGUCCGCCACUUGAUCCGGUUCUCGACGCAAGUGACCUCGGUGGCGGUGCGCACGGACGCCUUCCGCCCGCGCGGGCGCGAGCAAUGGGACGUGCGCGCGACGGACCUGCGGACGGGGGAGGAGCGCAGGGAGACGUACGACGCGGUGGUCGUGGCUUCGGGGCAUUACUCGACGCCGUACAUCCCGGGCUCGAUCGAGGGGCUGCGCGCGUUCCACGCCGCGCACCCGGGCGUCGUCUCGCACUCCAAGACGUACCGUGCCCCGGAGCCGUUCCGCGGGAAGAAGGUCGUGGUCGUGGGGACGGGCGCGUCGGGGCUCGAUAUCGCGGCCCAGAUACGCCGCGUGUGCAGGCGCCCGCUGGUGCUUUCGGCGCAGAGCGCCGCGCCCAGCGAGACGCUCGAGCAUAUAGGAGGCGGGGACGUCGUGCAGGUCGGGCGGAUUAAGAGGUUUUUGGUUGAGGAGCGGGGGGUGGAGUUUUUCCCCCUAGAUGAGAGUGAUGACGACGAGGAUGAGGAUGGAAAUGGCGUUGGAAAGAAAGAGGAAGAGGGAGAGGCAAAGGGAGGAGGAGAAAAAGAAAAAGAGACGAGAAUUGAAAAGGACGUCGACGCUGUACUCUUCUGCACGGGCUACCUCUUCACCUUCCCCUUCCUGCCCAGCCUCCCGCUCGUGACCAACGGCCGCAAGGUCCACGGCCUCGCCAAGCACUUCCUGCACAUCGGGCACCCGACGCUCGCGUUCCCGGGGCUGCCGAUCAAGGUGAUCCCCUUCCCGCUCGCGCAGGCGCAGGGCGCGGUCCUCGCGCGCCUGUGGUCGAACACCCUGCCUCUGCCGCCCCUCUCCGUCCUCGAGUCGUGGUCGCGCGAAGAAGGCGAGAAGCGGGUCAGCGACGAGAAGUACCACGUGUUCCCCAAGGGCGGGGACGGGGCGUAUAUCAACGAGAUCUACGAGUGGCUGGAGAAGGACACUACUACGGAUGAAGAAGGGAAGAAGAAGGGCAAGGAGCCGCCGCAUUGGGACGCGCAGAUGCUCUGGCAGAGGGGCAUAUAUAUCGAGGCGAAGAUGCAGUUCGAGAAGACGGGCAGACAGGCCAAGACCCUGGAGGAGCUGGGGUUUCGGUAUAUGCCGGAGGAGGUAGAGGGGAAGAAGGCGGAGGAUGUGGAGGGGAAGGAUCCGCAUUUAGAUGUUGCUGGGUGAAGGGGGCAGAGAUGUAUGUAUAUUGCCUCUAGGUUAGGAUAUUAGAAGAGAUAAGGUAUAUAGGAGGUAUGUAUAUAGGUAUAGACCAAGCCAGACCAGAUCAUAGUUAGAAAGAGAAAGCUAGUUACGAUAUCUCACAUCAUAUCAUAUCAAGAGUAUAUACUGAACCAAAUAGUUCAACAGGUAGUUAAUUACAAAAAGACCCAUAUGCGUAGGGAAUAGCUAUAUACAAGGUAGGUACCUACCUAAGGUACCUAACCUAAGGUAUGCGAUAAUAUACAAGUAUAAAACAGUUAAGACUACCCAAGUCUUAGGUAACCAUGC